CGAGUCACUAUGUCAGUAUCAUCCUCGGCGACACUUUCCCAACAAUCUUUACCAAGAAUAGUAGAACAAACUCACCAACCCUGAUAAGCUGAUGAUGAUACGAUGCCACACGCGUGCACAGGCACGUGUGCAAGCAAAGCUUCAUCUGGAGAGAGCAUAAUCACACCAUGGCGCUGCACUUGGAAGCGAAGGCCAUCACCAAUCAAGACGCAGACGCCGCCACCACCACGGCGGCAACGGCGGACCACCGACAGGAGCGGCAAGAACGCGACGCCGGCCGACCACGGCGACGACCAGCCGAUGAAGACGGAGGCGGUGAUUGCCGACCUCGACGAAGACGAGCUGUUCGAGCUCGACAUCGCCCUCCUCGACGGCCGCGGCGACGGCCACGGUCACCAUCACAGCCAUCGCAGCCAUUCUGCUGCCGCCGUUACCGACGACGGCGCCGGGCACGCACUGCUGGCCAGCUGCCUUCUGCCGGUGCAGUCGGUGAGCAACGCGGUGCCGGUCCCGGCCAGCAGGGUGCUGCCGUUGUACCACCCCUACUCCGGCUACUACAACUCGAGGAGGCUCAUCUUCACCGGCGGCGACAGCAGGAGGUUUCUUGGACGGUCACCUGGGAGUUCGGCGUGUUUUUGCUUCUCCAGCAGGGGCUUCGAGACCAUGGGGAGCUACUUUCAGAGGUACUGAGCGUUGAGCCGCUGAAGGACCCAUCCAAACUUGCACCUUUCGUGUCACGUAACAGUACAGACCGAGCAAAUGUGAUUCAUUUUUGUACUCAUUUGUGGCCCGGUCGUAGCACUAUAAAUUGACUGAACAAUUUCAACUAAAUUUUCUUUCGGUCACUUUAUUUACUACUACUUAGUGUUACUGUACAAGGAGGACUCAGUUGAACUCAGCCCAAUCCAAACUUGGAUGGAAUGGCCGGAUGUGGGCUGGGAUUUCGAAUUUAGUUCCUGACCAGCCCAUGUGGAUCGAGCCGAGAUUGGCCCAUUUCAAAUGUAGUUUUUUUUUGGCAAAACUAUAACAAAUUGGGUUUUUUUUUGGGAAAAACUAUAACAAAUGGAAUUUGUUAUAUGCUCAUGGUGAUAGUUUCUUUCACCUUCAUCUUUGAGGAGCUUUUUAUGGAUAAACCCUUGUGGAUUUAUGCACAUAUAUAUAGCAUGUACAAUUCCCUAAGGAAGGAUAGGAUUAUCAGCGCACAAACUCUAU